AUGACAACGUGAGCUGCCCUUGGCCUUCAAGAUAGAGCCUCUCCUCUUAUAGAACAACUUACCUUCUUUCAUGACCAUGCUUUAAUGAUUUUAGUAAUAAUCACAACAUUAGUGGGCUACUUAAUAUUUAUAUUAUUCUUCAAUUCAUACACCAACCGAAACCUUUUACACGGUCAAACCAUUGAAAUAAUUUGAACAAUUCUUCCAGCGAUCGUCCUUCUGUUCAUCGCCUUCCCUUCUCUCCGGCUAUUAUAUUUAUUAGAUGAAAUUAACGAACCCUCAGUCACAUUAAAAGCCAUCGGGCACCAAUGAUACUGAAGUUAUGAAUAUUCAGAUUUUAUAAAUGUAGAAUUUGACUCAUACAUAGUGCCAACAAAUGAAUUAACCGCAGAUGGAUUCCGAUUACUUGACGUUGACAAUCGUGUUAUUUUGCCUAUAAAUUCACAAAUUCGAAUUUUAGUCACAGCAGCAGACGUAAUUCACUCAUGAACAGUUCCCGCCUUAGGUGUAAAAGUUGAUGGGACCCCUGGUCGAUUAAACCAAACUAAUUUUCUAAUAAAUCGUCCUGGACUAUUUUACGGCCAAUGCUCAGAAAUCUGUGGGGCCAAUCACAGUUUUAUGCCUAUUGUAAUUGAAAGUCUUCCUGUAAAUCACUUUAUCAAAUGAAUAACUAACAGAGCUAAUUCAUAA